CGCCCUCUAGUGGCCGUCCCCCGCACAGUGAAGCAGGGCAGGAGCUGGUCCUUCCUGUGGCUGCUCCGCUCCGCUCUGCUCCAGAGCCGGUUCUGCCCGCCGCCCCCCUCCGCCGCCGCCGCCGUGUGAUUCUGCGCAGCAGCCCUGUGCACACGGAGAGCACGGCUCAGCCCGGACCCGGCAUGGCUUCUGGGGACCUGUACGAGGUUGAAAGGAUUGUUGACAAAAGAAAGAGCAAAAAAGGGAAGUGGGAAUACCUAAUACGAUGGAAAGGUUACGGGAGCAGUGAAGACACUUGGGAACCCGACCACCACCUACUACACUGUGAGGAGUUUAUCGAUGAAUUUAAUGGACUGAACUUGGGCAGAGACAGGCGAGCUAAAACCGGAAAGCAGGCAGUGGCCUCAAAGCUCUUAAGGGGGUCUUCGGUUGACAAAGUAGCUCACAGGUCUCCUUUCUCUGGCAAAGGACGGGGGGCCGCACAGAAAAGGAGGAGAAUGCACGCACUCCAAAAGCAGAAGAAGGUAUGCACAGCCAAAUAUAACCCCGGGGACAGAUCGACAAAGACUUUAACCUACAGAACUACUCCUAGUGGACUGCAAAUAAUGCCACUGAUCAAACCCCUGGAAAAUGGGGACCCUAAUACUCACAAAGAGGACAAGCACUUUGAAAACGGAUCAGAGCAGGGCAAAAACGACCUUGAGGAUGACAAAGGCACACAAGGUCUACAAAGUGGACUGGAGGACUGCGAUUCACCCAUAGUCAAUGGAUUAGGAGAGUCAUUAACAAAUGGAGGAUUGACUCCACCCAGCCCGGUCAAACGGAAACUAGACAUGGACAAAGAUUAUGUGUUCGAUAAGAGAUUGAGGUACAGCAUCCGGCAGAACGAAAGCAAUUGCAGAUUCCGAGACAUUGUUGUAAGGAAAGAAGAUGGCUUCACUCACAUACUGCUCUCAAGUCAGACAUCUGACAACAACGCCUUGACGCCUGAUAUUAUGAAAGAGGUGCGAAGGGCUCUGUGCAAUGCGUCCUCUGAUGAUAGCAAACUCCUGCUUCUCAGUGCCGUUGGCAGUGUAUUUUGUAGCGGUCUUGAUUACUCAUAUCUCAUCGGGAAAUUGUCUACAGACAGAAGGAAGGAGAGCACGAGGAUAGCAGAAUCUAUAAGAGACUUUGUUAAAGCUUUUAUUCAAUUCAAGAAACCCAUAGUGGUUGCCAUCAAUGGUCCGGCCCUUGGCCUGGGAGCGUCCAUCUUACCUCUGUGUGAUAUAGUAUGGGCCAGUGAAAAGGCUUGGUUCCAGACUCCAUAUGCCACUAUCCGUAUGACUCCAGCUGGGUGCUCAUCAUACACCUUCCCUCAGAUACUCGGCAUUGCGUUGGCCAAUGAGAUGCUGUUUUGUGGGAGAAAGCUGACGGCACAAGAGGCGUGUAGCAGGGGGCUUGUAUCGCAGGUAUUUUGGCCCACUACGUUCAGUCAGGAAGUGAUGCUGCGAGUGAAGGAAAUGGCGGCGUGCAGUGCUGUGGUUUUAGAGGAAUCCAAAUGUCUUGUGAGAAGCUUUCUGAAAUCAGUGCUGGAGGACGUGAACGAAAGGGAAUGUCAGAUGCUGAAACAGCUGUGGAGCUCUCCCAAAGGCCUGGACUCCUUAUUCAGCUACUUACAGGACAAAAUCUAUGAAGUCUGAUUACUUCUCAUCAGACCAUUACGAAGUCUUUUCUCUCCACUACUUCCGUCUUCACAUCUGCGGUAACCUUGAAAGACGUCUGGGACAUGCUAGCCGUGCCCAGAAUUAUGCAAUGAGGUAUUCCAAGGAGUCUGUCCCACUGCUUCCAGCCUAAUUUUGUUCUUUAAUUAUUAUUUUUUGAUAUUUAACAUAAAUUGGUAUAUAGACUUUAUAUACCGAAUACCGAGACUUCCACCUCUCUAUGCACAGGGAGUAACAUUCCAUAAGCCACAGAACACAUUUCACCCAGAAUAUUAUCAUGUGACCUGUAUUCUGCCAUUUCACUUAACUAUGUGAUCGUCGUGAUCAUGACGAAGUCUGCAAAUUUUUAGUUGUAUAAUGUGACAAUUGCACUUUGUAUGUAUUUUGUAUUUUAUUUAAACUUAAGUAUUGAUAAUUUAUGUAUAUAAUUGGGUUUUGAUGUUUUUAUGUUUUUUUUUUUUUUCCUUUACUUUCCUUUCCUUUUCUAUGUUGUGCAACCAAAAAAUUGUGACUUUAAAGUAACCUUUACACAGACUAUUCAAUGGGUUGAGGUUGAUGGGGGUCAGCCUUUUCGCAAUAUUACAAUUUUAGCCCCAGAUGACAAUGAAUAGCUGUAAAUGUUGUUGUUUUUUUUGUUUGUUUUUUAACCUCAUCUUUUUUGCAUGCUUAUUGCUGCCUGCAAAAAAUGCAAUGCCAUUUUGAAUCUGCUGACAUAAGACAGAUGUGAGAAGCACGGCAAUCACCAGAAGAACAUGAGAAUAUCACUGGACCUUUACACAAAGAAUGUGGCUAUGUAAUUAUGCACAUAGGUUACCCCACCACCUUCCAUUCAGAGCAAAAUUAAAUGAUGUGGUGGUGUUUUUUUGUUAAUGCCUUGUUACAUAUACUUAAAGUGAACCUAUGACCAGGUAUGGGCAUUCAAGUAUUUUUGCAAUUUUAACACAAAGUAUUGCCACUUUAAAACAAGCCCUUUACUGACCUCCUUUAUUUGAAGGGACAUUAGAGCUAUUUAUCCUCCAAUAUUACAACAGAAACAUGAACAUUUUCCAUGCUCCUUAAAUUGCAUCUAAAAGCUCCUUAUGAGAGUCUAAACAAAUCCCAAAUGUAGUUCAUAUGUAAUGCGCUCGCCUCAGUAGUAAACAAAAACUUUGCAUUUCCUGGUUGAUUCAAGUCUUCUGUAAUUUUUGUCUCGCACACACUACUUCACAAGCACUGCAGCUUAUAUUUGGAGGGUUAAGUAACAGAGGCAGUGCCACUAAUCUGGAAAGCAGUAGGCAGGACUAGGUGUCGCCUAGUACUGAUUAACAAGCUACAGGUUUGUAAAUCAGCAAUGACAAUGCUGAGUGCUCUGCAGCAUUUUUUCUGUCCAUGGUAGUGCAGGCAGGCACAUCCUACAUGAAAGUGGCAACUUUGCUCUGAUCUCUGGAGCACAGCAGCAUUGUUGUUACACCAUCCUACGAAGCUGCAUUGAGUGGCAUUCUCUGAAAGGCCCAACAUGUCUUUGUGAUACUUUGCAGGGGCCAAGUAUGCUGCCGAUAUCUGCAGUCGGGAGUCCCUGCAAUUGUGUACAUUUACUGACUGAAAGCCUGUACAAAUCAACGACGGGCAGACUGGAGUCACAGCUGUCUGCCGCUGUAAGCAUGUAUCAAAAUAUCAAGCAAUUACUAGCACUUGGGGACAGAUUAUAGUCCCUGUACGCAGAUAGAUUGCAUUGCAGGAUGAUCAUCUUCCCCCUAACCACAUGUAACUGCUUGAUGUGUGGUUACAUGAUUACAGUGGUGGGCAGCCAUGGCUCCUUUUUGUAAAUGCCUGUAAUUGCCUAGUACAGUUUUUACUGGUUUUGGCUGUCCACAAACACUCCCGGCAGCAGAUAUCUACAGUAUACUUGCUGUACCAUGGCAAAUUUGGCCAUGUGAAUGAGGUCAGUCAGUCCAUAUUUUUUCUUGGUAAGCCAUAGGUUUAUGUUAAGCCAUCAAAAACAGCUUACUGUACUCCUUCCAACAGUGACUCUGCAGUUCAGCUCACUCUGCUUCCCCUUGCCGGCACCCACUCCAAAUUUAUGGUACAAAUUGUAAGGCUUCUGAGUUCCCUGCUGGGAGAGGGGGCUGGGUGAGCUAAGCUGCUUAGAAAAAGAGCGGAACGACUUCACUACUUUUGUUAUGAUUUUUGAGAAUUAAUUCCUCCACAGUGCAUUCAACUACUAGAGGUUAUUGGCACCUUGCUGUAAAGCAAAUGUAUUUAUUGUUAAUUAUAUGAAAAUAUUUGAAUGUCCAUAGCCUGUGAAUGUCCAAAGCUGCUGAAAUUAAGUUUCUCUGAUUAUUUUUUCUAAAAUUCACAUUCAUAUUGUUACAGAUUCAUUAAAUGAAGUUCAGGGCUUGACCAUCUCAUCACAGUCAUGAUAUUGUUUUAUAUAUAUAUUCUUUGCUGUACUUUGGAGAGCUCCGACCAUGUUCUUUAUGUUUGUCUUUUAAGUGUAUCUCUUAUUCUGUGUGGGAUUUUCACAUACAAAGUUGACCUAGAUUUUCUAUAACUGAAGAUAAUGUGUAAUUUAAAAACCAAGAAGCAUCUUUUAGACUUCCAGAAUAAGUGUUCUAGAUCUAUGACCACCAUAUGACUGCUUUUUUAGUAGAUUAAAUACAUUAUCGUUUUUCUCAUUUACCAUAUAGAUUAUGCUUAUGCUAAGUGAAAUAUGUAGACUGACUCCUCCUUCAGAAAAGUAUAGUUGCCUGGUGGUCAUGUUGAUUCAAGCUUUUCUAUAAUGUUAAUGUCUUUGAGAUAAAAACCUAUCUGAGGGUCAGAAGUUCCAACCCCAUGCUGACUUCAAGGAAACCUGUGCUGAGAAAAAUAUGGAGGCUGGCUUUGCAGACUUCUGCUGAAUAUGCUUGUUGCCUAGCUGUCAUGUUGAUCUAAUGGCUUUAGUACUUCCUGUGUCACUCUCCCAGAACAAGUACGUAGAUCAAGAGUUUCAAGUCAGUGAGAAAGUACCUAAGUGAGAGGAAUGGGCUUAGUCUUGCCAGGCAAUAACUAUUUUCAGGAGAAGGUUGGUAAUCAGGAGGAGGUUGGUAAUAUCUAUAUUUCUUUUGGCACUGGCUGCAUGCUUUUGAGGAUUAAUGGUUCAGAAAGUAUUGAAUGCACGUGUGGCUAGACAGAUGUUUUUUUCAGGAGAAGGUCAGGACUGGGAAUCUGCAUGUUGUCACUUAGCACAGAUUUCCUUUAAUCUUUAGGCCCCAAUGUAAUUGAUGGCUUGUUUUGCCUUUGCUGUUUCCAGCAGUACUGUAUGUCUUUUCUGCUACAUUAUUAAUCUAAAGCUGGGCUAGAAGGAGAAACAAUACCUAUUUGGGUGAAAUGUUUGCACCAUGUCACUGGUUCAAGGUGUGUCAAGUACUCCACUGAGUAUCUGUGAUCAUGGAUAGCCAUGUCCAAAAAGGCUACUUUCCAACUGUAAGACAGUAAGAAUCAUGCACUACAUAAGGAAAACUAGAACACAUUUCACCGGCUCUCUUAGCUGCAUCAUUCCACCGCAAGUACCUGGAUUAGGACACAUCUAGCCAUUGUUUAUCCCAAAGUACGUUGUAGCGGGGUUCCAAGGCGAUGCUUAGCGCUUAUGACUUUUUGGGUGAUACAAAAAGGAAGAAGCAUUACACCACAACUGUCUCAAAGUUUCACGAUAACAAACACGUGACCUAAUUUAUCCAAUUAAAAAAUUGGUAGGAGUAAUUGUUUAAAUCUGUUGCCCCUGAGGCAAUACAGACUAUUCUUUCAGUUUGAAAAAAAAGAGUGAUUGGUGUGCCUUUGCUAGUUGGGUGACUCAUGUGGCUUUUUCUAGCAGGGAGGAGAAGGUUGCAGGUUAUAAACUCUCACAAAGUCCAGAUAGCACAGGAUAAUGUCACUGCAGUAUGGAAAACUUGAAUGAAAAAAAAAAUUGUUGUUACAAGCAAUCAAAGUUUAAAAAUUGUUCUGGUGAUAUAAUUUCGUAGUACUGUAUUUUUAUAGUGUGUUGCUUAAGAAAAUAUGCAUAUGCUAUGUACAGAACUGUAUAUCUGCCUUUAAUAUCCAGCUCAAUCAAAACAAGCCAACUCCUGGUGAUUUUUCAUGGAUUCUACUCAACAAAAUGGCAUGAAUUUGGUUGCUAUCAAUUACUGCAAUUUGGAUAUUGCCAUUGAUUAUUGUUCCUAUUGAAUUACUUUAUUAUGCUUCUGCACCUAGCAUAUAUGUUUUAUACGCUUUGAUAUUAAUUACAAUCUGUUGUUUAAGAAUUUCAUUUCACAAAUGUAAAGGCUUAUAAAAUAAGUAAAAAGGCAACAUAAAGUUUGCAAUAAAUCAUAACCACCCAUCAUAUUUCAGUAAGCUGACUUUAGGAAACAGAAAUGAAUACAUGUGGUUUUAGUAGGGUGGGGAGGAGACAAAACUUCUGACUGCGUUUUUAUAGCUGAACAUUCACUCCUGUUCUGGUGAAAGCCAAUCUCUUUAUUUCCUGUAUAGGUAUCAUAGUAACAGGAAGUUGAGGAAAUCUCCCACCCAAAACUAAAAACAGAAAAAUGGGACAUUGGCUAGAGUUAAGCCCGGUACACGUCCCGAAAGUGGGCCUGUUCCACCACCAUCUGUUCAACUGAAGUCGGUCUAAUGAUCGAGUUUAAUUAAAUUUUUACUAUUUUUAGGGUAUAGUCAAAGACUUCAGAACACCAGUAUGUCAAUGAAUUUCAUUGUACAUUCGGUGGAACAAUAAAAAAAACACUCAAAUGAGGUUAACCUAUGAAGAGUUCAAGAAGAUUUUCUUAUGUUUUUCUUUAGUUUAUAAUGUUUUUCUAUAGUUACUAUGAGAAGCUCUUCCAUGUCUGCAAAAUAUUCUCUUCAGUUAUUAUUUCAGCUCUUCGCAACCUUUUUUUUAACAUGGAGGAACCCUAAAAUAACUUCCAGGUCCACAGGAAACCCCUGUUUAGUAUAGCUAGUAUAAAUUUAAAGUGUGGAGGUGUAUUUGACACCCAGAGCUGUUCUAUGCAAGGAGAUUUUUUUUUUGUAAUAAUAAUGGAUGCAACUAAUAAUAAAUAAUUGCCAGAAUAUAAUUUCAGACAGUGAAAUAUGCAGUGUUGCCUCACUGUUUAGUUUAGUGGAGAAAUAUCCGCACACUAUGAUGGUCAAUGUAAAGUGCCUCUUUACAUUUGUGAUCAGUGGGAGACGGACCUCUUUACAUUGGUGGUCAUUUGGGAGUCGGUGAGAGAAGGGCCUCAUUACACUGGUGUUCAGCUGAAAGAAUGCAUCCCCCAUUAAAAGUUUGAAAGUUCAUUGAUGUACAUGCUUACUUAUCUGAGAGUCAAAAAUUGUUUAAAAAACACCUUUUAGAUCAGGUCCUUAGUUAAAAAAAAGGCUGCAUUAUUUAGUCCUUGGUCACUUUUGAACCUACAUUUUUUUGUUUUUGUUUUGUAAUUUUGACAUUGAUUAUUAACUGAGACGCAUUCAAUUACAGCCUCUCCCCUAUUAGAAAGAGUCUGAAAAGUUAGUGUCACUGAAAGCUUAUGUUGGCUGUAAUUUUUUAUUUUUUUUUAUAAAAGAUGGUAUAUAUUGUGUAAUACACACAUGUCUCUGAAACGACCAGUAUAUGGUAUGAUAAAAUUCUCUAACACAAUGUGAAAAACAUCCAGUUUACCUAAGAUAUUUGUAAUUAAUAAGUUAUUGUUAAGUUAUUUGUUAAAGCAAUGAUACUGAUGCCGCUUGUGUUUUGUGUGACUUCUAGUGUUUCUUUGCUCAAGUUAUAUUUAUUUAGGGUACAGUUUUCAGGGCAGAAAGUAUUUUUGUUACCAGACUUUUUAUGUGCAAUGUGGCACAGACCGAGAACAAGUAUUAUUUCUUGUAUUUGGAGAAUUAGUAUUUCAUCAUGUGUCACUAAUACCCAUCAGUUGAAGAGCUAUGUCACUGCCCAUCAUUGUUAGUUAGACACCUGCCUUCCAGGACCAAUUUUAAUCACAGAAGGCAGCUAAAUAAUUUGCAUUGUUAACCUCAUUCAUUUCUAGGGAUAAUUUUUUUGAAUUAUCUUCUUUGGCAGCACCUUUCCUAACAUCAAGGUUAGACAAGGGCUGAGAGUUCACAGCAGACCAUGUCUUUUCUAUGGAACUCAUGGAGCAGGUGGAACUGCAAACCACUGACUAGGCGAAUGCUGUGACUAAGAUUAUAUUUAUUUUCUGCAGAACAUCUUUAAGACCUGCUAAACGUUAAAGCUUUUGAAGUUUUGUUAACUAGCUGCAAAAACAAAGUGCUAUGGUUUGAUGGAGUGAUGGAUAACUGAAGCACAGCCUGGUGCAUGGUCAUUGGUUAGUAGUACAAUUUCCUAAGCACAUUUAAAAUAGAAUAAAACCGCCAUACUACAAUAAACUUUUGAGGCCCUCAGGAGCUUAUUUGCCAUAAUGUGCAAGCGUACACAAUAUAUUUAUACAUUAUGGCUCUCUUACGUUUUAUUGCAACACCUUUACAGACUGCAAUCUGAGCCCUGCACCAUCGUUCCUCAUAUCCGAGCCUUUAGCAAUGAGAACAGUGAACACAACAGUAGUGUUAUUAAAUCCCAUGAGACUAGCAGUCAGAGGCAGCAAACAAUAUAGAUUCACACAGUAUCAAAUCAUUUUCUAAAUGUUCACUAUAACAUACAAAAUAUUCACUUGCUGUGUUCCACUUUGUUAAUGAUACCAUGAGAUCUCUUGUUGCUAACCUCCUUUUGAGAAGUUGAGUGCUGAUCUGGAACAAGUGCAGAUUAGGCAAGUCAAAAGCCUUUGUCUACAUACUUUUUCUCAGUCAGUCACUGAAAGUAUUCAAACAAGAGGGGUGAGCAUGGCAGCAGGGCAACCAGCACUUGUAGGAAAGGUCGAAAAUUGUAGCCUCCAUAUUAUUUUCAGGAAACACAGCCCACCGUCCUGCCACUGUACGCAACAAAUAGACCCAUAUAAACACUAGAUAUUACCCAUUUUCUUGAGACAGAAAGAACUUUUUUGUUGAAUGUGUGUGUUUUUUUUUUAGGGAGGGGGGGGGGUUAUUUCAUUGUCAAAAACUGGCACGACCCUUUGCUUCAAAAGGGCCAGUGCCUGUGUCCAUGAAGUGGCUUUGAUAUGAUCUCCUUAGCAAUGAAUGUGUGUGUAAAUGUAGCUUGUACAAAGCAUUAUAACCUAUAGGAUGACAAGAUUCAGCUCCCCUGCUGCAUCUUUAGAUGCAAUAUGAAGAAACUAUGUUCGUAUAUAAAGAAGUUAUUGCUGUAGGAUGUGACUUAAAGCAUGCUGGACAGAUGUAUUGUUAUCACUGCUCUCCAACCUUUACUAGCUUUUGUAAUGGUAAUUUAACAUCCACUGACAUUGAAUAGGUUACUUAUGAACUUUAUUUAAGGAGUCAUAAUGUCUUCCAAAUUCAAAUUUCAAUGGGAAAAAUCUCAGCACGCAGUAACACAAAACUGCAGCAAAAUCACUCUGAUCAUUCAUAGGGAAUUUUCUGCAGAAUGGGGACCAAAUGUAUCUUUUUUGAUCAAACUACAUAUGCAGAAUUUGCAGAAGCCAUCCAUUAACCAUCACUGUGUCUUCCUGUUGGUCCUUUGUGUGGAUUAUUAUUGGUCUUUUUUCAUUUUAUAGCACCAACAUAUUCUGUAGCAGUUCACAAGUCGAGAAUGCAAUUUGUAGAGAAAAUUUCCAUAAUUUUGUGUGUAAACGCUCAUUAUUAUUAAAGGUGAUGUCCAGUCACAGUUUGGUUAUUGAACCUUUAACUUGUACUGGUUAGUUGUCCAAGAGUUAUACUGCAUAGAUGUAGUACAAAGAGGGAACAUUUUAAAUACCAGAAUAAUUGUGCUGUUUAUUUUGGAUGGAAGGUUACAGAGGUAGCUUUUCUGUAAAAUGUAUCUUCAAUUUGUCUACAUAAGAUCCAGCACUAUGACGUUUUUCAAAAUAAUUGGGUCUCUGCUCCUUAACUUAAAUUUAAAACUGUACCUUUAGUAGAAGUUGUCAUUUGAGACAUCCCUCUUCCACCCUGAGUGCAGCCCACAUGGCCCACCACUUACCUAUGUCCCCAUUCCACUGAUCCGCACUGUGCGUUCCUACUAAGAGCUGCACAGCCUUUUUUCUGAUCUUUUGUGUCCUCUUUUUUCCUGCGUGCGGCAGCCACAUUCUAAAGUUUUAGGGAUAGUUGCAGUUUUAAGAAUCACUCCCAUGAAUAUAGCGUCCCUUAGAAAGGAAUGGGGCAGAAUGAAAAGGCUACAAGUGGGGACACUUUCGGACGAAAGGCUGUGCAUCUCUUGGCAGAACCACAACGUUAAGAUUGAUGGAGCAAGGAGACAGAAGUGAGUAUUGAACCACAUGGGUUGCACUCCAGGGGGUUUGGCAUGUUUUUUAAGGACAACUUGUAGCAAUGGUUUUAAGAGACUGUCACUUAGGCCAUAGGGCCAGUCUCUUAUUAGCCUUCCCCCAACCCACUCACCUUCCCAGUGCUUUUUUGCUUCACAUGUUAUCACCUGUGUUGAAGCUUACAUAGGUUUGAUGAAGCCAAUGCCGCUCGUCAGAUGAUAAUGUUCAGGCCCUAAGACUAUCAACAUGGGUGCAAGCACUGCAUCCUGGAAGGAGGUCAUAUGCUCCCCUAUCACCAGAAACUUCAAUUAUUUGACAGAGCAAGUCAGCAGAGGAGCAGCACAGGGAAGCUGAAUAUAAAUUGGCUAUUUACUCACAGGCUUCCUCUAUUGGCAUCCACCCAAAUUAGUCAUUUUGAAAAGAGGUCUUUUUUAAAGGUCAGUCCACACACAACUUUUAGUUCAGUUAUUGAUAAAUACUGGAAAUUUAAACCACUUGACAACUUCCUAUAUUUCUCAGGGAUCUUGUUGGUGAGAUGUUUUGGCUUCAGUUCCUGGGUCUGUACACCUGCUGUGACUAUUAUUGGGGGGGGGGGGGGGUCCCACUGUUUUGUAAUGUUUUUUUUUUUUUUUUUAUGUUGGCAAAUGCAGGAGGGGCUGCUCAAGCAUGCAAACCCUCCCAGAAACAGAAUCAGGAACUACUGCAGGGAUAUCUCACUACUGGAGUAUCCAUGACCCUAUAGGAAAUCAAGGGAUUGGGUUUUUUUUUUUUUUUGCGGAAAACCCCUUUAAGAGUUAACUAAAAGUAAAAAAAUAUUUGACGUAAGCACAUUUAUUCCCACGAUAGGCUGUACAACUGAGCAGUUUUUCUGAAUGUCAUAAUUGUUAAACUUGCUCAUUCAAUUGGUAAUUGAAUUGCUGGUCAAGGACAUAAAGACAUUUGAGAAGUUUUAGUUUAAACAUAAAAGUCCAUGUUUAGGUUUCUGCAAUUAAAUAACUAGUUAUGUUUGUUUGCACUGUUGAAGAACUAUAGUUCCUUAUUUUUUGCUAGAUGGUAUAAGACAUGCAAAUGUGUGUAUAUAUAAUGUUUGUAUAUUAUAUAUUUAGUAUCACAUGGUACAUGUCCUCCUUUCUCUUCCUGUAAAUAGCUCUGAAUAGGUAUAUUGAUCGUGUUUAGAAAGAGAAAAAAAAAUAUUUGUUAAUGGUCCUGUAACUAGUAAAUGGACACAUUUCUGGGUGCCUUAGAAGUUGUAUUUUUCAUGUGCGUUUAAAAUACAGUAUUUAUACAUUGUGGGAAAAUGCUGCUUUCAAUUAAAAGUGAGACAAGUCA